GGCGUGGGCUCGUGCGCUCCCUGUCCAGUGUCCUGUGCCCCGUGUCCACAGCUGAAACAACUGAAUCAGCUGAAACAUGGACCUGCAGCUUCCUCCUCAUGAAGGCCCAGAGCUAUCUGUGGUGGACAUGCACACAGGAGGAGAGCCACUGCGCAUCAUUGUCAGUGGAUACCCCUCUGUCCCGGGACAUACUCUGCUGUCCAAAAGACGGUACGUCCGUGAGCACCUGGACCACCUACGCAGGGUCCUGAUGUUUGAACCACGGGGGCACUACGACAUGUACGGGGCCUUGGUGGUAGACAGUGAGCUGCCCGAUGCAGACCUCGGGGUGCUCUUCAUGCACAAUGAAGGCUACAGUACCAUGUGUGGACAUGCAGUCAUUGCUCUGGGACGGUUUGCAGUAGACUAUAAACUGGUGAAGGAGCCUCAGUCCCCAGAGACACAAGUGAACAUCCACUGCCCCUGUGGACUGGUCAAGGCCUUUGUGCAAUAUUCAGACAGUCAUACAGGAGCUGUGCGCUUUCACAGUGUACCUGCUUUUGCUUUUGCUACAGAUGUGACAGUAACGGUGGAGGGACUCGGGGACAUAACAGUGGACAUCAGUUAUGGAGGAGCCUUUUAUGCUUUUGUUGAUGCACAAACAUUUGGUUUAGAUGUUAACAAAUCCAGGACUCGAGAUCUAGUAGACGCCGCCACUGCAGUGACCAAAGCCGUCAAAGCUCAGGUGAAGCUCAACCAUCCUGUCAGUGAUGACCUGGCUUUUUUGUACGGGACCAUUCUCACUGACGGCAAAGAUGAAUAUUCCUCUGAGCCCACAUCUAAUGUCUGUGUGUUUGCCGAAGCGCAGGUGGACCGCAGCCCCACAGGCUCAGGAGUGACGGCUCGAGUGGCUCUGCAGUUUCACAAAGGUCUGAUCGCACUGAAUCAAACCAGGAUGUUUCAGAGUGGAGCCACGGGGUCAAAGUUCACAGGGCGAGCUGUGGAGGAGACAGUGUGUGGGGACUUUAAGGCUGUUGUGGUGGAGGUUUCGGGCCAAGCAUUUUACACCGGUGUCUCACGCUUUGUCCAGGAGGCUCACGAUGAUCUCUCACAGGGGUUUCUUCUCAAGUGAAAAACUACAACAUAGACCUGAUAAUG